UGUGUGUGUUUGCAUGUUGUACACACGCAUACAGUAUCUGAAAUUCAGGCGUUUGCACGGCUCAACAGAGGCUCAGAGACACUGGUGAGAACUUGACUACAUAUGUAGAGAUAUAGACCUUACAAUGAAGAACAGGUGUUACAGGACAACUAUUUGAUAUUGAAUGAAGUGUUUGGAAUUUUUAUCUAAACCUUAAUGUUAAUCCAGUGUUUGGGUGUGUUUUUGAUGCAGUUUUCCUCCUCAGAGCAACAACCAACUGGAUUUCUUUAUUUUAUUUACUUUAUUUUUAAGUUUUUCAUUGACAUUUUGGAUACAUUUCUGCUUUAGUGCAAAACACAGCAGAGGGAGUCACCAGGAAAUAAAUGCGCGUGCACCCCGAGGGUCUCAUCCACACAAAUGGCGAGCCAGGAGAGCCAUCUGACAGCCACACUCCUCACCUCCAUCCUGGCUGCGGUGCUGGGCUCACUGCAGAUCGGCUACCACACCGGCAACGUCAACGCUCCAGCCAAGAUCAUUGAAGAGUUCUUUAAUCACACCUGGAGAGCCAGACACAACCAGUCGAUUCCAGAUCACAGUCUGACUCUGCUGUGGUCGCUGUCGGUCAGCAUUAAGGACUUUGGGGCCUUGCUCGGUUCACUGGGAGUCAAAUAUGUAGCAGAUUCUUACGGCAGACGGAACUCCAUCUUAAUAGUGAACUGUCUCUCAGUGGUGGGGGCUGGUCUGAUGUUUGCGUCUAAAGCCAGUGAGUCGUUUGAAGUGCUCAUCCUGGGACGUUUGGUGUUUGGCCUGUUCUGUGGGUUAGUGAUGAGCCUGAAUCCACUCUACAUCCAGGAGGUGUCUCCCACCAACCUGAGAGGCGCCUUUGCUACGCUCAACCAGGUGUCCUUCGCCACAGGAAUCUUACUGGGAAUGGUGAUUGGUCUGGAGUCGGUGCUUGGUACAGAGCAUUACUGGGCCAUGAUGUUGUCUUUGUCUUUGAUCCCGGCACUGAUACAGUACCUGGUUCUACCGUUCUGUCCUGAGAGCCCGCGAUACCUGCUCAUCAACCGGGGGGAGGAGAGCAAGGCAGAGGCUGCUCUGCUGAGGCUGAGGGGGAGAACAGAGAAGGUGUUCGCUGAGCUGGAGGAGAUGAAGGAAGAGGCCGCACACACUCACACCGGUGUCACUAUCCACGAGUUCUUCAAGAAACGCAGCUACAAGCAGCCAAUCAUCAUUGUCCUCAUUGUCAACUUAGGCAGCCAGCUGUCUGGAUUCAACGCGAUCAUCAAUUAUUCCACCAAAAUGUUCCAGGCCAAGUUUGAAGAGGCCAAAUACCUGACUCUAGGUGUGGGAGCUGUCAACGUGACCUUCACUUUGGUAGCAUUCUUCCUGAUGGAAAGGGCAGGGAGGAGAAGGUUGCUCCUGACUGGUUUCAUCUCAAUAGCAGUGUGCAACUUGUUAAUGACCAUAGUGGAUUCUGUCGUGUAUCUGGCCCCAGGACUAGGCAGUCUGCAGGUCCUGCUGGUUUUCUGUCUGAUUUCAGCCUACGAGCUGGGUCCUGGUCCCAUCUCCUGGUUCAUCGCAGCCGAGUUGUUCGACCAGCCGGGCAGACCCAUCGCUAUGGCCUUCACCAGCAUGCUCAACUGGGGAGGGAAGUUUGUUCUGGCUCUGCUGUUUCCUCCGUUACUGAAAAUCUGUGGCGAGUACAUCUACCUCCUCUUCAUGAUCGUGGCUCUGCUCGCCUUCAUCUUCACCUGGAUUCGCCUCCCGGAGACAAAAGGUCGCACAUUUGAUGAAAUCGCAGAGGAGUUCAGAGGAGCAGAAAGCAUUCUUCUGCACAAUAAGCCUGGAUUCAACACUUUCACCUGAACGCUCUUUCCACCUGUAUUACCAAUCAUAGUCAUACUGUUAAGGGCCAGUUCACCCUACUAAAAAGUCUUCUCACAUUAUGGUAUGAUACAGGAAGUCAUAUGAAAGCAACGAAGUCACUGAGUUUUAACCAAGAGAUUCUGCUGAGUCUAAAUCAAGUCUCCACAAACAGAAUCUGAGUUCUAAUCAUCCAUGUUGAAGUCCAGAUGCAUUCAAGUCUUUUACAUAUAUAGAACUAAUGACACAAUUGUGCCUAUUUGAAGUUAUUUUGAGUCAAUUGACUGUGUCUACAUUUUGACAUAAAAUCUAUGUUUGUAAAAUGUACUAUUGAAAGUAAAAUAAAAUAGCAAAAUAGCAAAUAAAUUUGAUUUACUAUAUUAUAAUUGUACAAUGAGGAUGGCUCCUUGCUCCCCCUUAUGCAUGUCAGGUGUGGAGCAACUUUGGCAGUGUUCUAGGGGGCGCUGUAGAGCUUUUUUGCCAAAGACAGUCCUGUGAGCAACAUCAGAUUUGACAAGUGCGUCAAAUUUCGUGAGUAUUGGAGCGUCCAUUGGAUCCUGUUUGUUCGCAAAUAUUUGACUUUGCACCGAUGCCAUGGUAACACACCGUUUUAUGAUGAGCACCAAAAAUAUGCUUUAAAUUUAGAUUCAUAUACGGGCGGAGCAUUCUGUCCAUACUCCACCGUCAUGUGCUUUAUAUCAGUAAGAUUUUAGAAGAAGUUCACACAUACACAAACUACUUCCCCCAGUCAUGAUUAUCCCUAUAAUGAAAACUCACAACAUUCAUCUUAUUGUUGUUCAGGGGCCACACACAGCACAAUUUAAUCUCAAGUG